AUCAAAAGUGUGGAAAAAUAAAAAAUUUAUGAAUCAAAUUAAUUUGAGGACAAAAUCGAUAAGGGAAAGGCGUAAUUUAGCAGAAGACAGGCCCUCGGAAUUUGAUUGUUGUGAUAGAGCGAGCUGUGUGAUCGAGCGGUGAAGACGCUGGGAUCGUGUGAGUCGCAGAUCAUCGGAAUGAUACGAGCGGUGAUUGUGAUGAACGACCAAGGCAAGCCUCGCCUUGUCAAAUUCUACGAUUAUCAGCCUGUGGAGAAGCAACAGGAGCUGAUCCGGAGUAUUUAUGGAGUUCUGUGCAGUAGGGCUGAGAAUGUGAGCAACUUUAUUCAGGCUGAUCCCAUUUUUGGACCAGAUGCUCGGCUUGUAUACAAGACUUAUGCCACGCUAUACUUUGUAUUCAUAUUUGAUAGUGCCGAAAAUGAGCUAGCAAUGCUAGAUCUUAUGCAAGUUUUUGUGGAGACAUUGGACAAGUGUUUCAGUAAUGUGUGUGAGCUCGACAUUGUCUUCAACUUUAACAAGGUACAUACUAUUUUAGAUGAAAUUGUGUUGGGUGGUCAAGUUCUUGAGACAAGUUCUUCAGAAGUUAUGAAGGCUGUUGAAGAAAUCUCAAAGUUGGAAAAGGCCUCGAAUACAAUUCUGGUUGUCCCAAAAUCUAUUCCUGGCUGGCAUGCUCGAUAGCACAUGACUUCUCUAGCAGGUGGAGGAUGAUAGAAGGAGAGAAAGCAAGCAUGCUGAAGGAGAACAAAAAGGAGCAACACAACUUAGAUUCAACCAUAGAAAAUCCAGUGUAAAGCUUUAACUUCACUUGGUCUUUGGUUUUUGGGUACCUAAAAUCUUGAAGAAUAGACACUGCUUACAAAUUUCGGAAACUAUUGAAAAGAGUUGUGUUGACCUUUUUCUGUGGUAUCACCUGACUUUGCUCUCCUCCAGCCCCAUGUGCCGGUGCUCUUAAUUGUGAUUGAUAUAUUGAACUUUGUACUGAUAAAUUUCAAAAAUUCUUGAAUAGUGUCAUAAAUGUGACUCGAGUGAUAUGGCUGUCUUUGUUGUGUGGGUUAUUUUAAGCAUAUUGUUUAUCAGACUUUCAAAUUGUUGCAAGGCUAAAGCCCUUCUACUGGGCGGGACUCAACAAAAAGUUGGAAAGCAGUCCGUCUUUCGGAACUCCCAAAUGCUUGUGGGGACUUUUUUUUUUUUUGGGUCUUGGUUGGGGAUCCUCUGAAGUUUGAUUUGGAGAAAUGCUAGACUUUGUUUUAGAUCUAUGAAUUCACUGACAGUUAUAUGAUAAGGGAGUCAAGUCUUAUAUGACUGAGUGUAUGACAAAUGACACUUAUCGUGUCACAUCAUUAUGAGAAAGUUUUUUAUUAGUCUCAA